AUGACAGACGAGUGCUCGCUCUGUCAUAAGCCGCUCCUUGCAGAGGAGGAGCCGGUGACUGUAGGCUCUGGAGCACGGCUCCGUAUCCUCCACCCGUCGUGCUUUGACUGGCUCAAAGCCGAAAAGCAACGGAGAGCGACGUCGGUCGCCUCUGACGGUCCGUCGACCGUCACAGCUGGACAAGCGUCGGCAACAGGCGCCGCCGCCCGGGCAACGACCCUCCCGCCGGCUCGGCGCGAUGGCUCUGUUACGGCUGGUGCUAGCGAGUUGGAGACUGUAGUGGCAGCGUCGGUCCGCGGCACGUGGUGUGGCAAGAGUGCUGGAGGUGGAUACUCGGAGAACACCUUUUCCAACAAUCCGCAGUUUGUCCUUCGCCUGCCUCAGUCGAACUCGGUGGAGCCGCUGCCGAUCACGCUACGGCUGACCCAGUGUGGGCCGGUGGCUGCCAGUGCACCGCAUGCCGUCGGCAUCCAGGUCUGCUCUCGUGGUGGCGGAUGGGUCUCCAAUGUCUCGCAGGACGACUUUCUUCAGAUCUCGCUUACCCGGGCGACGGUAGCGAGCCGCAGCUGCAGCCUUCCGCCCCAGACCUACACCCUCGUCCCGCACACGCUCAAGGCCGGCGAGGAGGGUUCGUUCAAGUUGGAGGUCCUUGUCUCGGAGCAUCUAGCGGGCGACGUUUGUCUCGAGCCGUGGAGCUCGCCACUGGCUGCCGAGUUUCCGCACGUGGUCGAGGUCGAGUCGGGAUGGUUCGGCUCGAGCGCGGGCGGCUCAAUCAAUGACCUGACAUGCUCGCGCAACCCGCAAUGGUUUGUGCGGGUGAGUGAGGCAGCCGAAGGCGCUGCUAUUGCUCCGGUGGCUGUCGCCCUCGAGCUUGACCAGGGCUCCGUGCCGUCUGCUGAAGUUCGUCUCCGACACAUCGGGCUGCACGUGCUUGAUCUCAACGGUGGGCGGUUCAACAACUCGGUCCUUCUCAAAAAGGACAUUCUCGGCUCGUCAGGCGACUACGCGCGGUUGCGGAUGGUGAGCUGGCGCGGGUUCCUCACGCCGCGGAGCGCGGCGUACACAGUUUUGCCGUCGACGUUUGAGCCUAAGGACGAGGCGCCGUUCACGCUCCGGUUCUACUCGUCGGCGCCGAUCGAGGUGGUGGCCGCGCCCGAGUACUCGGGCGGACAGGCCGAGUACGGCAACUGCGUCAAGGUGACGUCGGCGUGGGAGGGUAUCACCGCCGGUGGGUGCCUUAACUAUGAGACGGCACUCAACAACCCGAUGUUCUUUGUCUCGUCGGGUUCGGUGACAGGCUACACGCUCGAGCUCACGCUCCGCCAGCUGCCAGGCGUGCUCGAGAGUGAAUCUGCCGAUGCGCCGCUGCACCACAUCGGGCUCUCUGUGGGACGGUCAUUUGAGGACAUCCGGCGUGGACAAGCGAUCGCCGACUCGGGCUCGUUUGUCAACGCUGCGGCGGUCUCGGUCUCGGCUGUGGUGCCGCCGGGUGAAGGCCCGGUCUGCGUUGUGGUGGCGACGUUUAAUCCUGGCGAGGAGCGCGCAUUCGAGCUUGCGGUCGAGUCGGACGCGCUGCUGCAGGUUGUGCCUUCGGUCCUCGAGUGCGACGCGUCGUACACGGCGGUGACGUCGGCGAGUGCGGCGUGGCGGGCGGACGAGGGGGCCGCGCCGGGUGAAGGGCCGAUCUCGUACUUUGACAACCCGCAGUUUGCGCUCUCGCUCACGGAACCGGCGACCGACGUGUUCAUCUGCCUGGCGCAGCGACCUGCGCCAGGCCAGCACUACCUCGAGCAGGCAAUCAUCCUUGCAGACGCCAACGGUGAGCGGCUCAUCCACAAUGGCUUUGCAUGCGUGGCUGACUCGGGUGACUACCUUCCGCACCGCGAGGUGACGCUGGCGGUCAAAGGCCUCGAGCCGCGGGCAACGCCGUUCACCAUCAUGCCAACCAACAUGACGCCUGGCGUGGCCACCGAAUUCACACUUGUUGUUCGGUCGUCUGCGCCUGUCGAGCUUGUGCCGCUGCCGCUGCCGUCGGCGACCGAGGUGCGAAGCAAGCUCAUUUCUGAUUUGACUGCUGAGGAGAAGCAGGUGGCUGCAAUGACCAGCAUCUCUACCCGGGUUGAUGUCCUUGAUUCGGUCGACGACCGAGUUGCGCAGCGGGCGCAGUUUGAGCAGCUCGGGCUAACCUCGACGCUCGAGCGUAUUUCGUCGGUAUUUGAGCUCGACGACGAGAUGAAGGCCAUGGUGGAAGAGUAUAACGACGAAAUGGCUGCCGACAACAACGACGUCUCGGCGCGUGAGCACGCCAAAAAGCUCGCAGAGCUCGACCCGCUGUGGUCGGUCAAGCUCGCGCUGCCAUACCUGGCCUCAGAGGAACUAGCCUCGCCACGCGAGGACGGGCCGGAGGUUGGCACGCCUGUGGCAACCCGCAACGACGAUGGAACGUACACGAUGACACUCGACUCGCGAGUCCCGGUCUGGUCGCUGGUGGCGUAUGUGCUCGACGCGCUCCCACAUCCAGGUGGACUGACGGCAGCGUCGCUCUCACUCUUUGUGCCGACACCGGGCCAGCCUGGAGCUGAGCUUGUGUGCCUCAACGAGCACGACACGCUCUCGAUGUAUGUGGAGGUAUAUGUGGCAGAGCUCACGCUGACGCUUGGGGCGCGGAUGGUGCCGAUCGAGCUUGCGCUGGGCGCCGGCGUGAGCCGGACGCUCGAGCUCCCGGCUGACUUGACGGCGGCAAGUGCGAUUGCAGCAGCUGCUAGUACCUUUGGCUUCCGCGCGGUUGAGAUGGGUCUCCUCCUUGUCGAUGCCGCCGAGGCCGAGGCCACCGCCGACGGCGCUGGAGCCAGUGCGCCAGUGUCGGGCGCGGCGCGGCGGCUGGCGGCGCGGCGCGGGCGGUACACGUCAUUUACAGCGACGCAGACGGUGUCGAGCUCGGCCGCCGCCGCAGCAGCGGGUGGUGGCAGUUCGGGCGGGGGCACGGGUGAGGCUGCAGAGACGUGGCUCGAGCCGGAUGCGCUGAUUGGACAGGCGUGCGAGGCCAAGGCGAGCUUGAUGCUUGCGCGGCAGCCGGUAUCGAUGCACGUGGCCGUCCACUUUUUUGAGAUUAUCGACGUCCGGGUGGAGGUCUCGUUUGCGGCGCGGGUCCGCGAGCUCAAGUCGCGGGUGAUGGCGGCGCCGGAGCUCGCCAACCACAUUGUGCCGUCGCUGUUCCGGACGCACGGCCUGUUCGUGGACGGAGCCGACGGCAAGCCGCGGGCGCUCGACUCUGAAUUGACGCUUUCUGCGGCCGGGCUGGAGCCGGGUGACAAGCUCUCACUGAGGCUCAAGACCGAGGGCGGGGACGAGGAAAGCAGCGGCGCGAGCAGCGCGGCGUCAGAAGACGCAGACGAGGUUGCUGUGUGGGCCGAGGUGGGGCGGAGUGAGACCAACUGGCGCGAGGAGGUUGUGGAUGGCGAGCUUGUGCUGAGCGCGGCGUCGCUCAAUCAGCUUGUGCUCAAGCUGACGGAUCUCGACGGCGACCUUGCGUUUCAGGAGACGUUCCUACUCACGUACGAGUCGUUUACGGAUGCGUCGACGGUGAUGGACAAGCUUGUGGAGCGGUUUCGUGUUCCGCCGCAGAGCUCGCUGCCGCAGUACGCGGCGCUGAGUGAGGCGAUGUUUGAGAACACUGUGGUCAUUCCGAUCCGGCACCAGGUGCUCUCGAUUGUGAUUGGGUGGGCGCAGUACUUUAGCAAGUACAUGGCACCGGAGGACAAGGCGCAGCUAGAGACGACGGCGUUUGCGGUGGACCCGAAGCGAUCCAUGACCUCGUUUGUGGUCAACUGUCUCGGGCUCCAUGAACGCGACGCGCAGGCCGAGCAGGCACAGGCUGCGGCCGACAAGGUGCUGCUGCGAGUCAAGGUUGGGGCCAAGUCGAAGGUGCUCUCGUUUGACGGCGGGAUGCUUGUGGGCGAGGGCAAGGCGCUGGUGGCGCGCAAGUUUGAGCUUCCGCCCGAGCCUGGCCUCGAAGACUACCAGUUUUCGUCGUACAAGCUCGGCGUGCUCGACGAGAGCAUCUACUUUCGCGACGUGGGCCUCACUAAUCUUGAAGAGGUGUUUUUCAAGGAGGGUGCGCUUGCGGUGGGCGAGCUUGCGAUUCCACCCGAGGAGCAGAUCCUGCUGCGGGUGACGCUCGAGUCUGGCUCGUCCAAGGUCAUUGCGUUUGGGCGGAACGUGGCUGUUGCAGAGAUGAUUUCGCUCAUUCUCUUCAAGUUUGGGCUUGAAGAGCCGGCCGAGGCGUACGAGCUCUUCUGCGACGAGUACGGGGUGAUGGACGGCGAGCAGACACUGCUCUCGUACGCGCUCAAGAACAAGAGCGUGGUGCAGCUGCGGCAAGCCGGGUCGUCGAGCGACGGAGCAAAGUCGAGCGCGAAUAGCGCGGCCAUCAUUUCUGUGGUCUGUGAUGACAAGGCGCGGCGGCAGUUUGUGUUUCCAGCGUCGACGACGGUCUCAUCUGCGCUCAACCACAUCGGGGUCUCGUUUGGGGUCCUCGAGCUCGACAAGUACGUGCUCAAGUGCGUGGCUUACGGCCGGCUGGAGGGUGCGGAGACGAUGGGCUCGUACGCGCUCCCGCCACGGUCUGAGGUGUACUUUACGCGGCGAAACUUGACGGACGGGACGUCAGAGACGCUCAACUACACGCUCAUCCGGCCGUCUGUGGUGCCGGCGCCGGACAAGGUGCCCAAGCCCAAGGUGCCGAAGCGUGCUGCGCGCAACCUGACGAUCUGGGACAUUGACGAGAGCGAGGCGGCGCGGCAGCUGACGCUGAUGGACCACGCGGCAUACGCACUCAUCGAGCCGAUUGAGCUCCUCAACCAAGCGUGGACGAAGGAAAAGUACGCGUACCGGUGCGCCAACCUGCUCGCGUUUAUCCACCGGUUCAACCGCAUCUCGUCGUGGGUGGCGCAGACGAUUCUCGCCGAGACCAAGGUGCGCAAGCGGGCGCAGGUCAUGAAGUGGCAUGUCAAGCUCUGUGCCGAGCUCCGCAAGCUCAACAACUUUCACGCGGUGAUGGCGGUGCUCGGUGGGCUCUCGAAUCCGGCCGUCUCGCGGCUCAAAUGGACGAAGGGGCGGCUCGGUCGCGGAACGAACAAGAGCCUCGAGUCCCUCGAGUCGUUGAUGUCAAUGGAGAUGGGGUACACGGCGUACCGGACAGCGCUGCAAAACUCUGAGCGGGCGGUGCCGUACAUUGGUGUCUUUCUAGGCGACCUCAUCUUUAUCGAGGACGGCAACCCGGACCUCAUUGAUGGCCUUGUUCACUGGUCCAAGUUCCGGAUGAUGCGCAACGCCAUUGCUGAGAUCCGUUCGUUCCAGUCCAAGCCGUACGCCUUUGUGCCUGUCGAGCCGCUGCAGCGGUACCUCAACCGCAUUCCUCUUGUUGGCGAGAAGGAGCUGUAUGCGACGUCGCUCGAGCUUGAGCCGCGCGGCGCAGACCGCAGUGACAUCGAGUGAUGAAUUCGCGAAAAGCGUGUGGGAGCGAGCGAAAAGCGUGUGGGAGCGAGCGAAAAGCGAGCGUGAGCGAGCGUGAACAAGCGCCAUCGCGCGCGUCAACAAGCGCUAUCGCGCGCGUCAACAAGCGCCAUCGCGCGCGUCAACAAGCGCCAUCGUAGCCGCGGUGGCUAAUCGGCACGAGCCAAGGGCAAGUGUGACGGUGGUUUCAUUUCAGAUGAAAGAGAGAAAGAGAGUGUGUGUGGCGGCGCCAAGCUAGAGGAGCGACAGAGUGGAGGGGGGUGGGGUGCGAGAGCAGUAGCGAGCGGCGACUUACUUCUUGGCCUUCUUGGCCUUCUUGCCCUUGCCCUUGGCCUUGUCCUUGCCCUUGUCGGACUU